AUGGUAGUCAUUUAUAUACAUAUUUGGCUAUAAUUAAUCGUGAACUUGUUGCAAAAUUUAAUAUACUGUACAUCUUAUUGCAAAGUGAUGAUAGUAAUAGUAAUCACGAAUUGUUAGUAGCCAAUUUACAUAUUCUUAAUCAGCUUAGAGCACCAGAUACAUUUACAGCUAAUGUUAAACAACACGUUGUGAAACCAAAUUUAUUGAUAUGGUUAAUGAAUUCAUCAAUCCGUAGACGUCUACCAUAUAAAUGUAUUAAAUCAGCAUUAGAAAAUGCAUACCAUAGUACUAAAACUAGUGUUCUUAAUCUACCUGAUUCUAAUUUACAAUCUUUAUCAAGAAUCCCUUUACACACCUAUGAUAUUACCAAUCAUGGAUAA